AUGCCUCUUGAAAGUACAAUUAUAUGUAUUGAUAAUAGUGAUUUUAUGCGUGAUGGAGAUUUUAUUCCGACAAGAAUGCAAGCACAACAAGAUGCUGUUUCACUUAUAUUUCAUGCUAAGACAAGAUCAAAUCCAGAGAAUAAUGUUGGAUUACUUACACUUUCAGAUGGUCGAGUUGUAACUCAAUUAACAAGUGAUGUCGGCAAAGUUUUUUCUAAAUUACAUUUAUUACCAAUUGAAGGAAAACUUGAUUUUUGUAAAGGCAUUAAAGUAGCUAAUUUGGCAUUAAAACAUCGACAAGGUAAAAAUCAUCGACCUCGUAUUGUUGUUUUUGUUGGUAGUCCACUUGAAGUUGAUACAAAUGAAUUUACUAAAUUAGCCAAACGAUUAAAAAAAGAAAAGAUAUCAAUUGACAUUGUUGUCUUUGGUGAAGAAUCUUCUCGAGAAAAAUUUGAAGAAUUUAUUACAGUUAUAAAUGGCAAAGAGAAUACAAAUUCUCACUUAAUAUGUGUACCAUCUGGAGCUAAUUUACCUGAUACACUUAUUAAUACACCAAUUAUUCAAAGUGAAGAUGGAUCAGGUUUACCAAAUGGUUAUUCAGCAAGUUCAUUUGCAUUUGGAAUCAAUCCUGAAGAUGAUCCUGAAUUAGCUAUGGCUCUUCGAAUUUCAAUGGAAGAACAACGACGUGUACAAGAAGCAGAGAUUGGCCGUGGUCCAGGUAAUGAAGGAAGUCAACAAAAUGUACCACAAUCAAAUACAGGAACUUCAAGUACUAGUUCGAAUGUAGGAACAAGUGGUAAUGAUAUGGAUGUAACACGACUUACAGAAGAUGAACAAAUUGCAUUAGCUAUUCAAAUGUCUAUGACUCAAGCAGAAAAUACAAACGAUGUUGAGAUGAAAGAAGACGUUCCUAGUUCAAGUAAUGCAUCAAACAUAAAUCAACAGACAUCAAAGACAACUGAAGAAACACAACAACAACAUACGGAUACAUUUGCGGCUUCUCUUAAUGAUCCACAAUUUUUACAAGAUGUCCUUCGAGAUUUACCUGGUGUUGAUAUCAAUAGUGAAGCUGUACGAGCAGCUCUUGAACAAGUCCAACAACAACAAAAGGAUACCGAUGACACUGACAAAUCAAAUGCAACAAAAAAGAAAAAAGAUGAAAAAUAG